GCGCGGUCUGGGGCCGUAUAGCGGGUAGUGUGACCCGGAAGUAGCUAGCAGUGGUACAGCUCGAGUCCUCACCCUUCCUCCUGCUGUGACAGGACAACACGGCGCGAGGCUAUGACACACUGCAGCUCCGUCUGCGCGGAUCAGGACGUCAGGCGCGCGCCACAUCAGUCCGGACGCACGUAGAGACAACGGGAUGCCAACAAGGUCGAGCUUCACGCGCUGAGCUCGUCGUUUUGUUUUUUUGUUUUUUUAAUUUAAUUUAAUUUUUUUUGUUUGUUUUUGACAGUAUUUUUUGUCUUUGUGGUUCCUGCUGCUCAUCAAAGCUAGCGAGGUGAGGUUAUAUGAACACAGAUCAUUAGCUUCAUCAUCCUCAUCAUCACCGCCGCUGAUCUGUUAUCUCGAACAUCUCGGUUAUGUAGUUAUCUGGACAGAGAUCUGGUUCUGAUCGGCAGUGACAGACCACAGAUGUUUGUUAAAUCAGAGCUAACAGUGGAUAUUCAUCACUGAGACAAAGGAGUCUUCAUCAGUUUACUCACACGAUGACAUGUUUCUGUCAGACCUACUUACAUUGAGGUCUUGAUGCUAACGGCUCAGAACCAAGAUCAGUCCUGGAGGUCUGGUCUGAAUAUUAAGAGUGGUGGCGGUCUGAACACUAGCAGUCAGAUGGUGAGCAUUCCUCUGUUAUUUGAAUAUGGUGACCAGUUUGGUCCAUCAUCAUCAUCAUCAUCAGGCUGAGCUGUCCUCACGUUUUAGGAAUUCAAAUGAAGCGAGAAGACUUUAAAAACACAAAAGUCAGUGAAUUCAUGUUUGCUGGAAUAUUUCUUCCACUGCAGGUGAGUUAUAGUCACAGAUGAUGACUGACACCUGAUUGAUAGACAGACAUAGAAUGAGAUUCUGGAGCCAGUGGUGAUCCAGAUCUCCAGAAUCUGGGACAGAACUCCAUCCUCCAGGAUGACCAGUCUGGUGACCAGCAUGAGGAGGAGGAACCAGCUGUUAUGACUGUGUAUGGAUCUUCAUCACUACUGAGGUGUUAAAGUCAGUGUCAUGACUGGAGCCGAGACUGAGGAUGAUAUUCCACUAAGUGAGAGGAAGACGGUCACUGAUUUCUGCUACCUGCUGGACAAGUCCAAACAGCUCUUCAAUGGGUUAAGAGAUCUUCCUCAGUAUGGACACAAACAGUGGCAGUCCUACUUCGGGAGGACGUUUGAUGUCUACACCAAGCUGUGGAAAUUCCAGCAACAACACAGGCAGGUUCUGGACACCAGGUACGGCCUGAAGAGAUGGCAGAUCGGGGAAGUAGCAUCCAAAAUUGGACAGCUUUAUUACCACUAUUACCUUCGUACCUCAGAAACCAGUUAUCUGAAUGAGGCCUUCUCCUUCUACUCAGCAAUCCGUCAGCGCUCCUAUUACUUUCAGGUCAACAAAGAGGACAGGCCUGAGUUGGUGGUAAAGAAGCUUCGAUAUUAUGCUCGCUACAUAGUCGUCUGUUUACUGCUUAACAAGAUGGACCUGGUCAAAGUGUUGGUAAAGGAGUUAUCAGAGGAAAUCGAAGAAUACACGCAGAGAUUUAACACAGAGGACCAGCUGGAGUGGAACCUGGUUCUACAGGAAGUAGCAGCUUUUGUGGAGGCAGAUCCGGUGGUCGUCAUGAACGAUAACAACUCUGUGGUUGUCACCAGCAACAGGCUGCAGGAGGGAAGCGCCCCUCCGCUGGAACAAGGCAUGGUGGUCGGGCAGCUCAUCCUCGCCGACGCACUAAUCAUCGGCAACUGUAACAACCAGGUCAAGUUCAGUGAGUUAACCAUCGAUAUGUUUCGCAUGCUUCAAGCUCUGGAGAGGGAACCCGUAAAUCUGGCAACGCAGACUUCCAAACAAGGAACGCCGGAACCCAGUGAGAAACCAGCUAAAAGAGAAAACCCUCACAAAUAUUUACUGUACAAGCCAACAUUCAGCCAGCUUUUUACUUUCCUCUCAGCUUCUUUUAAGGAAUUACCUGCCAACAGUGUCCUGCUAGUCUACUUAUCAGCUACCGGAGUCUUCCCCACAGGACACUCCGAUUAUGAAGCUGGACCGUAUGAUUUCGGAGGCGUUCUUACGAACACGAAUCGUGACGUGGUGAAUGGAGAGACGGUGCAGAAGAAGAAUCAGGCCCUGAAAGAAAUGCAUUGCCUUCAUCCAGGAGACCUAUCCCCUUUCACCAGGAAGCCACUUUUUGUCAUUGUAGAUUCUUCAAACAGUACAGCCUUCAAGAAUUUCACUAAUCUGUUUGGCCAGCCUCUGGUGUGCCUGCUGUCACCUACAGUUUAUCCUAAAAGUGUUCAAGAUCAGUCUCAGCGUGGGAGUAUCUUCACACUGUUCCUCUACAGUCCUCUCCUGGCCUUCUCCUCCAUCUCUGGCCUGAACAGUGUGCGACGAGGACUCUGGGAAAGGGCUCAAGAAUUUCUUCACAAAGUCUUCCGUGACAUUGGGCAGAUGAUAACUCGAUCACGGACCAUAGAUCAAGCCUUUUUGCAGUUUUUUGGAGAUGAGUUUCUGCGCCUGCUUCUGAUUCGGUUUGUGUUCUGUUCAGCUGCUCUGAGACUGCAUAAACUUUUCCGGGAAUCCCGGAGCUUCCCGGAGUCGUAUCCUGACCUGCCGAAACAGGACACGGUGGAGAGCAGCCUCCUACAGAAGCACAUAUUGGAGCUGGCCGCGAUGCUGGACGUGCAGAGCUUAUUUUGGGAUGAUUCUCUGGAAGCCUACUAACCCAGGCAAAAUGUCCCGUUCCAGACUGGACUCUGAUGUUUUAGAUAAUCCAGAUUGUUGCUUCAGCACAAGCUCACGUCCUCUGUUUGAAUCAUGGAAGUAAACGUAGUUACGCUCACGUAGGGAAGUUGGAGAGUUGAACCUACAUUCCCCAUUUUUAAUGUGUGUGACUGUGUAGAAAGUUUCAGCUCAUUAUUUAAAACUGUUAUUUAAUUCUUGUCAGAUAAUUGCAGAGAAGAUGGUGUUAAUGGUUGUUAUUUAUUUACGUAAUUAUUACUUUUUGAGGAUAGAAAGGGGUAAAAUUGUGUGUAGCUUUCAGGUUGGUCUCUGACCCCCCACAUGGAAGUAAAGCUUGGGGGGUUAUGCUAAAAACGUGAUGACCAAGGUAAUUUACAUGCAGGGGAGAGGCUGGAAUUAAAAAUGUUGAUCAGAAUAGGAGAAGUGCUCCUCUCUUCAAAACGUCAUUAAUGGAUUUUAGUCCCCCAGAAAAAAAACAAACAAAAGUCUGUUGGUGGUAGACAGACUGGAAAUCCUCCAUCCCCACCCUGUAAAGAUAAGCCAGCCUUCAUGUCAUUAACCAGUAACCCCAGUCUGUCCACAGUUGCUUUUAGAGUAGUAGUUAUUUCCGUUCAGAUCACUGUACUGUGGCUGCAUGCGAAGAGGGAAACAUAGGCGUCCAUGUUGUUUUUUCUCCAUGAAGAAGGAUCUUUAAAACGUGUCCAGAGGACUUUAGGAAGUUAGUGUAACGGUGCAUGUGUCGCAUGGUUCGUACUAUUUAGCCGUCACGACAAGAGAGCAGAGCGGACUCAUUUCACGUUACUGUGGCGUUACCAUGGCGUUACCAUGGCGUUACCAUGGUGUCACGUCAGUUUCACACCUCAACAGUUAUCACUAACUGGAAACAGCAAAAACCCAGUGAAGGUAGAGGAGUGAUGAACCAGUUACCCAAGAUGAACCAGUUGAACUCGUUAAAGACGUCUUUGGGAACCCAAAUCAGACUUUUUUUUUUUUUUUACCUUUCUGGUCUGGCUGGUCUGGACCACUUCAGUUAAACUACUUCCCUGUGGAACCAGAAUUCCCACCAUGUCCAGACUGGCAGCAUUAAACCCACACAGAUUUAUCAUUAAUGAGUUUUUCUAGAAGUUCCUACGACUCUGCAGGCCUCCACCUUCUGCUCACAGCUUCUUAUUUCAUUGAAAUGAUCAUCCUAACUCAGCUGUAUCUGCUCUCAGCUGUCUGAGAACCCCGCCAGCAUCAGGGUGCUCCUCUGUCCUCCCUUAUCAGCUUUAAAACUUGACAUUCACACCCGUCACCGACUCAGUCCUCAGACGGGAGAGUCAGGAGAGAAGUUGAAAACCAGACUGGGUUCAGUUUUUUUCCUGCGACUCUAAGAUGAAAUUAGGAUAAUCCAAAACAAUCAGCAAUGACAGAAGUGACAACAUCUCUUUAUUUUAAUCCAUAGUUACUGUCCUAGCUAGCCAGAGACCCUCACUCCAAACUGUUUUUACUCCAGGAACAGUUUGUUAACUAAAUUAAAUCUGUGAAGCUGGAAGUUUGCUGGUUCCCUCAUCAGCUGAUGGUAGAACCAGAUGAAGCUGCAGAAACAUGAGCAGACCUCACUGCUGGUUCAUUAAAUGACUCUAGUUUAAAAGAUCAGGCUGCUGUUGGUCCUCAAGUCAUCACAUCCUAAAGAAAAGGCGGUACCAGAUAUGGGUUAGUUACCUAUCCUGGUUAGUUGUCUAUCCUGUCCUGCCUGGCUGGACAAAUACAGCUAACUGACACAAUCCCAUGUCUCAAUUUUGUACUGGCCUGAACUUGAGUUUGAGGUUCGUGGUCUAAAUAUUAAAUGACAAACAGCUUUGAUAAACUGACACUUCACCAGUAAAACAUUAAUUAAUAGACUAUCUGACUGGAAUAAUGGAUUUAUUCCAGUCAGAUAGCACCACUACUUCCUCCUCAGCCUCCACCCCAAACAGAACCACUGAAAGUCAAGAAUGGAGGACAGGCGGAGCUGCUUCACCUGCUGGCUGUCCUCCAGCUUCUCGGACCAGUAAGUGUCCUCUGCCUGCACGUUAGAGGUGUGUUGCUGUUUCUGCAUCUGGUUGGCCAAAGUUUGGUUUACUGGGAUGGUUAAACAUUUCAGUGGUGAUGGCGCAAUGAAAGUGGAUGAAAUGUGAUUGGGCCUCAGCUUGGUACAAAUUCAUUAUUAUUAUUGUUAUUAUUAUUAUUAUCCGUGAAUUGUUCUUUUGGUCAUCGAAUUAUUUUUGGGUUGUCAUGGAAACGGCAUCACCAGCCUCGUCCUUUAACUAACUUCAGCAGAAAGCUGAGCUGUAAAUGUGUUAUGAAUAAUAACUUCCAGCAUUCGUAUCAUCCUGAGCUUAACGGAGGGAAUGGAGGCAGGAAGUUAGCAUUCCGUGUGGUUGUUUUUGUUCCUGGGAAGAGCCGAGCUGAUCCACAUGCAAUGAAACCAGCCGAUAGGUAACAAAUGUUCAGAUAUGUCGACCAAAGGAGCGUUUUGUACUGAAUCCUGAUUUUUUUGUGUUUACUAUGUUUAUUUCUGACAGUGAUAAAGUGUAAACAUGAUGUUCGGUGAUGUUUUGGUAUCGUCUGUUAUGGAAGAUGAAAUGAGGAAAAAUAGAAGGAACAAAAUGAGGCCAGUUUAUUCGUUUCAUUCCAGCUUUCCUGACUGGAAGAGAAGCAGUAGACAGAAAGCUUUUUAUUCAUCCUCCUCACUCUGACGCCACCCUCGACCUUUACCUCCAUCCAUGAUUAGGAAACGUAAGAAAUGGCGUUGUUGCACCUUAUUUUUGUGUUUUCAGACAGUUUGUUGUAGAAGCUUUUAACUGAGAAGGUUCAUUCCCACCCAGAGAAGAUGGCCAGAAGAAAUGAAGGGAAUGAACAGCUCAUUUAUUCUUUUCUGACACGUCACUGAAUGGAUCAUUCUGUCUGCCGUGGUGAUGUUUUCUGUGCUUUUUGUUAAAAAAGAAAAAGACUGUGAACACAGCCCAUUCAUUUACUGUGAAGCAGCAGUGGGACCACAUCAUCAGUGCUAUAAUAACUUCACUUCUUUUUCCACACAUUAACAUGUAAACAUCACAAUCACUGUGUGAGCGUGACGCCUGCAGAGCUCUGCGUUACAGUUGCUAUAUUUUCUGUGUUUCGUUAUUGUGAUAAAUCCUGUUCGUUCAUGACCAGCUUUGGCAAACAUGAACAUUUUAAAACCAGAAGGAUGUUAACUUUUACUAACUCCAGAAGUUCUUGGAAUAAUAAAUAAAUAAUUGUGUGUGAAUAUGUUGUAAGAUUCACCAGACUGGGCUGGACAUGAAACCAUAGCAGCAAGAUAAUAAACUGUCAGCUCAUGUAAACUGGAUUUUUAAAGGUUUCAUCUCUUCUAUUAAGAAAAUUGCAUGUAAAAAUAAUUUUAUAAGAAAUGAGGACGAUAGUUAAACAUUAUCCAUUUCCUUUCUCUUUCCUGACUGAAAUGGUUUGCAAGUGGUUGACCAUUUAAUGUUAUCCCAAAUGACUUAAAUUAGGACUUAAAAGCUUGUUAUUAAUUAAAAGAGUUGUUGAAAAAUCAUUCCAGCCAGCAGGAAAUGUUUUACCUUAAGAAACGACACAUUUCUGUUACGUUUCCAGUCUUUUCCUCUAAAGCUGCCAUUUUGCACUUCGCAACGUUCAUGAUGUGAAUUGUAUUUAAGAAACAAAGAAGCCAACAUUAAUUUAUGGGUCUGAUCUGGUGAUGCUAAAUCAGUGUUCGCCCUGCAUUACCGAGAAUCCACCAGAGCACAAAAAACAAGCCGAAUGGCUCCACAUGGGAAACGGGAACAUAUCAGAAAUAACUGCCAAUUAAACAGUUAAAUAUAUUUCCCCGAGAAGUGCAGCAGUCUGUCCUUUUUAACCUUUUUCUACUUUUAAACGUUAAAAAAAAAGAAAAAAGGGUGAAAACGUCCUUUAGAGAAACAUGACUUGCUUAUUAUUCUGUUACAAAUAAAUGUAUUUAACAAUUACUGUUAAAACAAAAAAGAAAAGAAAAAAGCAGCAUGUUUAGAAUAGAAAGUGCCAAAGACUGACGAGUCCUCACUUUCCAGACCUAACGAUGAUUAUUGUGUCCCAUGUUUUUCUGUGUCUUACCAAAUGGGAAAAAAAUAAAAUGGCUCCAU